AUGCUGUGGAGGUGUAAGGGACGAGAGGAGCAGACGAGCCCAAAGAAAAGAGAUGAAGCCGGGGGAAGAGGUUGGCACGAAGGCGGGUGGAGAGAUGGGGUUGGUGUGGGAGGCCAGAGAGAGGCGGGUGGAGAGGUGGGGUUGUUGUGGGAGGCCAGAGAGAGGCGGGUGGAGAGGGCAGAGCUGGCACAGAAUCACUGCGACUCUUGA